CAUCUCGAACCCCUGCGACUUGAUUUCUAAUCCAGCGAGCCCGUUGCAAUAUAUAACAUUUUCGAAUCGGCUCUGUGUGCGUCCAUUUAAAAGGAGCCUAGAAGUCGUCAAAUACUUUGGAGUUGUGCACGCGCCAAAUAUUGGUUCAAGGGGUCGACAUCUGCAAACUCCCUUUCUUCUUACAACAAAGUCUUGAGAUAGCUACAACCAAGCACCGCAAGAAAAGCAACCAAACAGGCCCUGCCCCCUUACAUUAUACACAAACAAACAAAAAAAAAAAAAAAAUGGCCGCCCCAACAACCUUCUUCGCCGUCAUCGCCGGCGUCGGCCCCGGCACGGGCCGGGCGACGGCGCUGCGGUUCGCGCGCGCCUACCCCGUGGCGCUGCUGGCGCGCAGCCCCGACAGCUACGCGGACCUUGUGCGCGAGAUCCGGGCCGCGGGCGGCGAGGCCGUGGGCGUGAGCGCCGACACGUCGGACCCGGCCUCGGUCGCGCGCGCCUUCGCGUCGAUCCGCAAGCACUGGUCCCCGGACUGGAGGCUGGCGGCCGCCGUCUUCAACGUCGGCGCCGGCUUCGCCGUCAAGCCCUUCCUCGACGUCACGAGCGAGGAGCUGAGCGCGUCGCUGGUCGGGAACGCAGGAGGCCUCUUCAACUUUGCCCAAAACGCCCUCCCGCUCCUGCUCGACUCGGUCGACCACUCGCCUCACCCGCCCACGCUGCUCGUCACGGGCGCCACCGCGAGCGUCAAGGGGUCCAGCCGCUUCGGCACCUUCGCCGCCGGCAAGUUUGCCAAGCGGGCCUUGGCGCAGUCGCUGGCCCGUGAGUUUGGCCCCCAGGGCGUGCACGUUGCCCACGUCAUAAUCGACGGGGCUAUCGACACGCCAAAGUUGAAGGAAAUCGGGUAUAAGCCAAACAAUGCCGCCCCAGACGGACUGAUCAGUCCUGAUGCGAUUGCCGACACCUACUGGCACCUCCACACCCAGCACCGGUCCGCAUUUACUCAAGAAGUUGAUUUGCGGCCAUAUGUCGAGAAAUUCUAGUUGGCCAUAGAGGCCGCCCCGAGUGUCUUGAAAAGUAUCCCGAUUACGAUUCGAAAGAGGGGCAACACGGCCCUGGGCCUAGAGUUGACAUGGCAGUAUGAGAUAGAUCUCAUGGGGAGCAUCGAGCCGUGGCCCGCCGUGGGUUUUUGGACUUUUGGCCAGACGAUACGUCAAUAUCACUUUUCCAAAAGUGUGUAACAUUCAAGAGUAGCCUAGCCUCUUGUGACUGUUUCAAGUAACACAUGAAUCCAACCGACUGGAAGUAUAUAUGUGCGAGACACGGAGCGCCGCUCGUGAAACGGCCCGGGCGUGGGCGCGGCUUCGACACUAGCAGCCUCGAUCCGAGGCUAGCGUGC